ACUAAGAUUAAGCGCCUCUGUAAGAAGAUCCUUGGAUUUUUCCAUUUUUAGCGAAAAAUCUCUGCAAAAUGGAUAUCAAUUACAACGAAAGUCUGUUCCCAAAGCCUGUUUGCAUCGCAUGUCUUGAAUUUAAUAUCAAAUUAACCAAAGAUGACGAGAUUUUUUCCAUUUUUAAGGAUUUACUUGGAGGGCAGUUUCCAGCAAAUAUCCAGGAGGAAAACGCCCAAUUUUGCAUUAAUUGCAUUUUGCAACUGAAACGAAUCCAAGUUUUCAAAGAUAGAGCAUUGACGAUGCACGCAACUGUCGGUAAAUUGAUCAAAAUUCACAGUCCAGUUGAGAUGAAAGCCCAAAAUGACUCUUUUACCAAGUCACAAAGUGCAUCAGGGACUCCUUUCAAAGGCUAUGCCGUUUACGAACGGAUUCAAACUCGCAGCGCAAGACGUCGCGACUCCACAAAUGACGUUCCAAUGGUUGAAAUUCCUCUGAAAACCACUGAAAAAUCCGAUUGGCGCCAAAAUUACGCCGAAAUUUUGCGAAACCAGCCAAUUGUUGCACUGAAAAAAGUUUCUCCCAACAAAUCUGCGUUGCCUGAUUUGAUGCUGAGAACUCCAACGCCCACAAAAGCUUCGUUAAAGGAUCAUUCUCUGCCCCGAGGAUACUCGUCAACACCUAGAUUACCGAAAAAUCCGCCAUCUUUGCAACGCAGCUCAUCGACAAUCGUUCCGCCAAACCCCGAUUCGUACUGCAGCGAAUGCCGAUUGUACGUAGACCUGAAAGACAUGACAAAACACAUCAUGAAUUCGCAUUUUCACAAAACCAAGGCGGGAAUUUUCCACUGUCACGUCUGCCAAAAGACCAUGAGAUCGCAAAGUAGCGCCGUGAGACACUUCCAAAUCCAUCGCAGCUACGAAAAAGUCCGAAAAUGCCAGGAAUGUCAUCUGGCUUUCGCGAAAAUCACGCAAUUCAGUUACCAUUUUAAAACAUUUCACAUCAAAAGUCACUCGUGCGACUAUUGCAGUGAGAAAUUUUCGCGAAAAUUCGAAUGGCAGAAUCACGUGGCGCAAUGCCAUCCGGAAAAUAUUCAGUGUUUGCAUUGCGGAGAGGUCUUGGAUGAUCAAACUGCCUACUACGAGCACAUUUCGAUCCAUCCGAAUUAUCCAAAGGCACGAAAUUCGUCGCCAGAGAGCCUUUCGAUGCCGUCCGUGAUGAAUUAUCCCGACGAGGAAGCGAGUUUUAAUGGAUUUCAACAAGGAAAUAACACGAGUUUGUUGUCCGAAGAUGAGUUGGAGCAGUUUUCCAUUCCCUUGUUUGGUAAUGAGGUUGAUCCAAUACCAAUUGACUAAAUGAUUGCUUGAUUUUUACCUAGAUUUUUUCAGUAUUUGUAUUUAAUAAAUGAUUUUUUGAUUGA